AUGGAACGGGCCUUGUGUCUUUUUCUCGUAGUGUUAUUUUCAUUAUUUGAUGUAAUCGACGUAGUGCAUUUUCGUGGUGGUAUUAUUUCAUGGCGACCACUAAAUGCUACACCAUCAGGUAGCUCUGCAAACAUCCUUAUACAUCAAAGGUACUUUUGGAGUCGCAGAUGGGGCGGUUUUAGUCCACCUUACUGCACAGAAGCAGAUGUUGCUGCUCAAAGUCUAAUUCCAGUUUAUUCUACGAUGUCGUGUCUAGCAAACUGUUCAAGUUCGACAUUUUCUGGUCUCUCAACUGUUAUGAUAACUACAGAUUGUCAACCAAAUCUCAUAAUAGACUCAUGGGCUGGUGAACAUUAUGAUAAUGUAAUUUUACCAUUGACAACAUCAAUUACAAUGGGUUUUCAAUCGAGUGCAUGGAUGAGCACUCUUUACAAAGGCUAUAAUGGCGCGUGGUCAAUUGUUAAUCGAUUAAAUUUAGGCUUAAGACCUGAUGGUUAUAUCAAUACAAGUCCUGUUACAAAUACAUUACCAGUCGUAUUUUAUCCAAUUAAUACACCAGUUGUUCAUGUUGUACAAAUGGCCGACAAUGAUGGUACUGACAUAUUAAAAUGUCGUUGGUCUAAUGUAAAUUCAGGAACAAAUUAUAAUCGAGCUGAUGAAUGUGCAGAUGUUUGUUUUGGAUUGCCACCUGGAUAUCAAUUGAGUCCAUCUAAUUGCACAAUAUCUUUUUCUCUAACAAGUGCUAACCUAUAUUAUGCAUGCGCUUUGCAAAUCGAAGAUUAUUACAACAGUGCUGCCACAAAUCCAAUGAGUUCUGUUCCAAUACAGUUCUUAUUCUAUGGAUAUAUAACUGCAUCUGGUGCUUGUCCAAAACGUCCUUCAAUCACUGGUGUUCGUCCAAAUAGAGCUUGUAUUGGAGUUCCGUACAAUGUUCAAUUGAACGAAACUAUAAUUGUAGAAACAUAUUGUCCUUACCAAGCGAUUGUUGAUUUUGUUACUAGCUCACCAAUUGGCAUGACACAUAGUGCUAUCAGUCAUCCAAGUGCUUAUACAUGGAUAAUGACAUUGACAUGGACACCUAUAGCAGCACAGGCAGGUCCUCAAACUUUUUGCGCUGCUGCUAUUGAUAAUAGCAGUCUACAAUCAGAUCCAUGGUGUAUUACAUAUCUAGUGAAUUAUGAAUCACCAGAAUUAAUUCGUCCUAAAGUAGUACAAGGAUCGGCAAGUCCAAUAGGUACUGUCUUUUCAAAUCAAUCGAUGUUUUCAAUACAAGGUAGUUCAUUUUUAAGUAUGUGUACAUCUCGUCAUCUUCUUUUUUGUUUUAAUCAUACAGCAAACAGUUUAGUCGGCCGUCCAACUCGUAAUGGAACAAAUAUUUGUUUUCGAGAAGCAGCUACAAACGUAUCCGCUGUAUGUUAUGAUGCUGGUUAUGCAUCAAAUGUAGUUUAUACUGGAUAUACAAUUGUCAUUACUACAAAUUAUACGUGGUCAAAAGGUUCAUUCUAUUAUAUAACAAUGGAUAGUGGAUUUGCAAGUGGAAGUGAAUUCUGUCAUGCUGAAUCAGCACCUAUCAGUGAUCCGACAUAUUGGACAUUUAAUAUUUGGGAUCCUGCUGUUUCAAGUACAACUACAACAACAACGACUCCAUUUACAACAGUUACAGUUACCACGAGAUUAACAUCAACUACUAGUAUCAAUACUCUUUUAACAACAACUGGUAUUGUAAUAACCACAACAGUAAAUCCUACGAUCACGACGUUAACAACUUCAAGUAGUGGACUUAUAACUACAGCUUAUCCAACAACAGUGAAUCCAACAACAUCACAAGCAACAACUGAAUCCACAGUAGCUGUCUUCACUGCAAAAGAUUUUGAAGAAGUAUGUAAACAACCGAUAGCAAUGAUGACUUCUAUUAUCUUCAUUGUCAUGCUGCCCAUUCAAACUUUGAGGGAUUUUGAAAAAGGCUUUUUGACACUCUCAAAAGCGGUUCAAAAGGUAUUAUCUUUUUACAGCGUAGCGUCGCCAAACUUUCCACAGUACUUCUCUAGAUCUAGAAAAGGUCAUGGGAGAGUACUUGUAACAGAAGAAGGGAGAGUAGAGAGAGACGAUUCGGGUCAAUUUCAUCCACACCUACACCCUCACAUUAAAGUUUUACAACACAAGAAGUUUGAUUUCUUUGUCAAUAUUCUUCGCCGAAAAUACAUUGCUGAGUGGUUUGCUGUUGGAAAUUAUGACGAACAAUUUCUUCACAAAUGUCUAUCCAAAGUUUCUACUUCAAAAGCUUACUAA